AUGGCGGUUAAAAGCGAAGAAGACGACUCUGAUCAGGUUUAUUGUGAACAAGAUUUCUGGAUGUACGAGAUGAGCAGCAGCAGUGACAAUGGCCUUGUACCAAGUCCUAGGCCUUCCAUUAACGCAGUCUUUAAAGGCCUCGUCUAUCAAAUUCCUGCAGCCGAAUUCUCCUCUCAUGUAGAACGUCUGGCCGAAACGCUGUCCGAAAUAUUGGUAAAAUUUUAUCCUUUGGCCGGCCGGCUAACAACUAAUCCUCUGGAUGGCGGUAUUUACAUCCUCUGCAACGACUCCGGCGUAGAUUUCAUCGAAGCCAUGGCAGAGGACCUAAGCAUUGCAGAUCUGACCACAACAGAAGUUACGACAGCCGUCGAAGAACUAUUUGCGCUCAAAGGAGCCCUCAAUUUUGAAGGCCAUCGCCUUCCGCUGCUUGUAGUCCAGGUAACUCAGCUGAAAGACGGGAUUUCCGUGUGUUGCACGCUCAACCACGCCAUAGCCGACGGAACUUCGCUCUGGAAUUUCUUGAACUCGUGGUCAAAUCUCUGCAGAACAAAUGGCAAUAAAAUUCCUGUUAAUCCUGUCUACGACCGUUCUCUGCUAGAGCCUCCUGGAUCUGUAGUUAGACUUGGCCUUGACCUUGACGGUCACGUCCAGCGCUUUUGCCCGCCUUCGCUGCGAGUAAAAUUGUUCCAUUUCAGCGCCCAUACGAUGAGCCGCUUAAAGGAGCGGGCCAACCAGGAUUCAUCCUUUACGAUCUCUUCCUUCCAGGCGUUGUGCGCACACGUGUGGCGGGCAGGUGCCGUCACGCGGGCCCGUAGGCUCUGCCCGGACGAGCACACGAUAUUUCGUUUGUCCGUUAACUGUCGGCCCCGGUUACUUCCUGCGGUGCCUAGCUCUUACUUUGGCAAUGGUCAUAUGGACGGGGUUAUAAGGGAAAGGAUUGGUAAGUGGGGCGAGGAGGCGGUGGUGUAUAGGCUGGAAGAGUUUCAAAAGAACUGUGUGCUGAUGGGGAGUUCUCCGCGGUUUGAGAUGUAUGAGAAUGAUUUUGGUUGGGGACGACCCGUGGCCGCUAGGGGUGGAGCGUUCAACCGUUUAGAUGGGAAGAUAUCUGCUUAUCCUGGUAGAGAAGGUGGAGGAAGUGUUGAAUUAGAGGUUUGCCUUAAUCCGACUGUCAUGAGUGCUUUGGAAAGCGACGGCGACUUUAUUAGAGAACUAUCAUUCAGCAAGCUUUUCUAUCUUAUGAAAAGGGAAAUACAUGAGACAGGUGAUGAUGAAGAGGUUCUCAUACAGUUUGCUAAAGACCACAGUGACUUUAUUUCAGCUUCUGAGAUGAAAUUGCUUUUGGUUGAUGUUGCUGUUGUAGCUGCUGUUACAGCUGUAUUUCAUUUUCCUAGCAUCUAUUUGUAA